CUACUUCAAAAGCAGUACCACUGCAAAGGGGAAUUCCUUUAUUACACAGCAGUAUUCAAAUCAAUGCUGAUGACUUGAAUAAUGUUUUGUUUCCCAUUUCAUUUAUUAUAGACAAGGCUGACACAGGUGCAGGAGCAAAUGAAGCCCACAGAGCCUUUGCUGAAGCUCAUUCAAGAGGUGGAGACACGCUGGAACAGCACCUUCCACAUGCUGCAACGCAUGUACUACCUCAGGGAAGCCGUAGGAGCAGCCUUGGCAGGCCUACACACUGACAUUACCCCACUCACGUCCCACCAGUUGAGGCUCAUUUCUGAGAGUUUGCAGGUGCUGUCCCCAUUUAAUGAUGCCGCCGUAGAGCUCUCAGAGGAGAAGAGUGUGUCUGGGUCCAAGGUCAUACCACUUUUGGCCAUGCUGCACCACACCUUGGAGGAUGACAUGGGAGCCAUACAAAUGGAGGAGAGCAAAGCAAUGGCUGAGGGUCUUAAAAAACAACUGAGGGACAAGCUCUACAACCUCCAAGCCAUGAGCGUCAUGUCACUGGCAACACUGCUGGAUCACAGGUUCAAGAAGAUAGGCUUCUUUAGCCCCAAUAAAGCACAAGAGGCUGAGAGGAGGCUCACAGCUGAAUGUGCGGCAGUGAUCCGGCACAGGGCAUCUUCCUCCUCCUCCAACCCAUCAUCUUCAUCAACACAACCGGACACAUCAGAAGGUUCCCAGCCUGUGGAGCAAGGUGACAAACUGUGGCGGCGAUUAGACCACACAGUCAUGCAGAGGAGGACCCAGAGCAGGACCCAGAGUGAGAGCGCAGAUGCAACUGUGGAGGGGCACACUUACCUGGGGGAGCCCAACACUAGCAGGAAGUCAAAUCCCCUGGGCUACUGGGAGCAGCAUAAACAUAUCAACCCAAACCUCUACAAACUCCUUCUAUUCUCAGAGGCAUUUUACGAACAGUCAAAGCAAUGGCGGUCGCUGGCUUUCUCUUCGUCCUCCGUGGUAUUUCGGACGAUACUGAUGCACUUCUACCACGUGGUGGCCACGCUCGGGUACUCGACGGCGAUGCCCGAGGUGCCCGCCGCGAGAGCCCUACGCCCUGAGGUUCCCGCCGAUGAUGGCGUCGCUUCCGCUCCGGAUCCUCACUGCAGUCGUCCUCCCGUCCCUUUGCUCUGGCGCUACACGACGCUGUCGUUGCUGUCUGGCCUCCGGUGCUGCUCUACGUCGACGCCGCUGCGCCCGCCUCCGGCCUACUCGAUAACGAUGCGCCCACCUCCGGCCUUCUCGAUGACGCCCCGUCCGCCUUCGGCCUUCUCGACGACGUCCCGUCCGCCCCUAGUUUUCUCGUCGACGCAGCAUCUGCUCUUGGUCUUCCUGGCAACGUCUAUCCUGUGCCUGUGUCUCUGGCCGCUGCUGACGUCUGAAGUCUCCGAGGUCGCCCCACUACCAGCGCCGCUGGACGCCGCCACUGACCUCGUUCCAGCGCCUCCGGAAGUCUCCAAGGUCACUCCUCUGCCAGCGCUGCUGGCCGCCGCCGCUAACCUUGCUCCUGUGCCGGCGCCUCUGGAAGCCUCCAAGUUCGUUUUGCCAGUCGCCCUCAUCCCCAGCCGGGCAACUCCGACCGCAGCGCCUGUCGCCCUCGUCUACAGCCUCGACUGGGUGGCAUUGCACGUCGCACGUCUCUACCUCAUACAAGACCGCGGCUGA